UCAGGGUCGGGUUGGUCUACGAGUACGCUGAUAUUCGAACAGGUAGUGUACGCCUCCUUUGGAUAUCUGAAAUGGUACCUCGUCAAGACCUCUUUAACAGCAAGUUCUGAUGGAUUUAUCUUUGAGCAUUUCUUCUGCCUUGCGAUUGCUUGGUGACGCCUCCAAAACACAACAUGUCACCUUCCAAGAGGUCCUUCAUAAAGUGGCCCAAGACCUGAAAUUUGAGAGCAAAUCGAACACCAUAACACCUGAGGCUCAUGUUAUCGACGGUGGUGUGGUAACCCACUGUCAUGCUGCUCUGUCAACCCUGUUUGUGGAAUCUGUGCGAGGAGGUCACAAUACAUCAGUUCUGACCUCGACUCUGGAGGAUUUGAAUUGGCCACCUGAACGUAUAACUGAAGCACUUCGAGAACUUGAAUCAUGCCGUCAUCUGAUUCACUCAAGACUUGCUUCUCUUGGAACAUAUCCUCCACACAUUGUUGAUGUCGAUUGGAAGUUGUACUACCAAGUUAGAAGUAGUGCUGGUCAGGAAGGUGGUGGAGCUAUGUAUUUGGUAACACUUCACACCGAAGAGUCCGAGGGCAAACGAGGAAAAGUUACAUUUUCAUGUUCGCUGGCCCAGCUUACUCACCUUGUCACGCGCCUCAGGCAAGCCACUCGCUGCAUUCAGAAAUAUGCAAACAGUAGCUGAUUAUGGUGGAUAUUUAGGCGCUACAAUACUACCAACUCAUUUGUCGUACUUGCUCAGAAUCAUCCGGUUAUGGUGCUAGGGCCAGUUGCCUUCAACUCGGUAUUUAUGUUUCACAUAAGGUAUUUAUGACAUUGUGUCAGAAGGGUUUGUAUGGUAUUAAAGGUAUUGAUUAUUAUGUGCUAUUAUUAUUAGUCAAUGAUAUGCAAGAUCGUUUUUGCAUGUUGUAAUCAGUAUUUUUAACAAUACAGAUUUUCAAGACACUACAAUACUGAACAGUUUCUAAAAAUAAUGUGACUUGUUGCCAAAAAACUUGAUUUGUGUACAAUUAAGAAUGAUGUGUGUAUAAAUAAUGAAAAGUUAAAUGAUGCUUAGUUCUUAUGUGACCUGCUCUAAUUAUUAAAUGUAAUACUGUAAUUAGAAUUCAAAUUUGUUGAUAUUGUACAUCUAUUUUCAUAGAUCAGGUAUAUGGUACUUCUAUCAAGAGCUCCAAACAGGUUUUUUUCUUUGAUGAAAUCAAGAGACAAAGUAAAAUUACAUAUUUUACUUAGGAUUUUGCUUUAAAUUAUAUAUUUUAUUUGUAUGAUAAACUAAAAUCUCCUUUGCAAUCUUAUUUCUGGGCAAAGCCCCUUAUGACUCCCUUUAGCUACUAUACUGAGAUAGUACAUCUACUAGGUCACAUCAGCCGUGGUUAUAAUAGGCCUACCAGGGACCCGUGCCAAAACCUGCCCCACUCAAAGAGGCACAGGGAGCUGUGACAUCUAUUUUUGCCACCUCACUGGGAAAGCCAAGCAGAAAGUCAGCGAGUAAAAGCAAAGCACUGCUGACUUCAAAAGAUACCAAUGCCUAAAAAAACACCUAGAAAACUUCCUCAAUUGAACCAUCAUGAGCUUGUUUGCCCCACCUCCCCCACUCAUUUGAGGGGGGGGGGGAGUGGAGGUACUUCACUAUCAGCCGGCAUCUCAGCCCCAAUUCUACUGCUUAUGUAGUGGAUACCAGAUUGCCUCUUUUUCUCUGCUGACUCUGGUGUUCUGUUUGCUUAGUAAAGUGGUGGUGAAUUCUUUUAGUGGCAUUUCUUGUACACUGCAGUACAUCGUGAACCAAUUUUGUGUGUGCUUGGAGCUGCAUGUGCACAGGGUUACCUUCCUAGUGUAACUCAAGAGCUAACACUAGGAAGUAACCUAGUAACGAAGUAACCUACUCAAGUAACCUUUCCUUAGCUCCCCAAGAGGUCGUCUUCACUUGUAGUGGCCCUCACCUAGGAUGAGUCAGGGGACUUGAGAACUUCCUGUCUUAACUUAUGUCAGAAGCAACUUUGGCUGGCGAGACAAACUGGUGGUGCAUGCGCUUCUCUCAGUGCACUGAAUUUGACCUUUACAGCCAAAUCAGUAAGGGCAAAGACCCAGGGAAAAACCUCACAGAACUCAGGGUCAUAGGGGUCACCAACCCAAUAGGCGGAGGCAGAAAGAAUGAUAAUUGCCAGGUAGCAAAGACUAUGAACACACAUCAAGCUCGCAGAUGGCGAGUGUUGGCUUGAUGGGCCUUCCAUAAUGGAUCACACUGGAGACCCGUAAAGGGAUUACCCGAGCUUGAAGGCUGCUAGCCAAGCAGGAACCCUAGGCACUGGGGCCACUUGCCAGAAGAACAAACACCAAUCGUAACCAAAACAAUCAGAUUACAAAUGGCAACUGUGUUACAUCAUAAACACAUAUGUGAACUGCAGUGUGCCCAGUACAACCCAGCCAAGAGCCCAAAGAGAGUAGUCAAAGACUCCUGAACAACCCAAGGUAGAGCUCUCCACAGUAGCCUGGCUUCUUAAGGACUAACUCCCAACUCCCAAACACACCAGAGAAGAUAACUCUGUCGGUGCAAGGCAGCACUUGCAGGCACCUAGGAAAGAAAAUCCUGAGUGCAUGCAGGAUUUACUACUUCAAAGGAAAAUAGGGAAAGAACUGUUACUUAACUAACAACAGAUCCUUGGUGCCGAUCAGCUGAUUGUCCGUUAUGCCACUGUUGCUCUGACCCGUCAUCACAGCUCCUCCUCCUCCACCUGUUGCUUGAUGCUUGUGUCUGUCACCUCUCCACUCACUGGACCAGUGGCUCUGCCAAACACUACUGCUUUUAUCACUUCACCGGAACUGUUCCUACCCACACUUGGGCCACUGUACUGCCCAAUAUAUAACUGCAAAUGUCAAUGGAGAAUAAUCACUGUCCAUAUGAAAUAUCUCCCAGUGCAGGUAGGCUCUUAUACUUCAUUACUAUGCUCACACUAUCUGUUACCGAGUAAUCGCCGAACCCCUUGGGUUAGCUGAGGAAGUCAAACAGUGACCUUUCACACACACACAGUAUCUGCUCAUCUGGACAGACACUGCCCACACUAGGUCCCUAACCAUUACUUGCUCCCACGAUGCACUAACCUUUGCAAUUCCUUGAGAAAUUGACGGGUAACGCCUAUCUGAGACUAGUUAGGCUGCUCUUUGCAAUGUCUUUUAGUCAGUAGUGAUCAACAGAGAUAAAACUCAAUGUGCAAAUGACGAAUUCUGCAAAAUUCGGGAUCAUCGGCUAUGUGUACCCAUCAACCACCAGUUCCUGAAGCUCAGUGACACCUCAUAAUCCAAUGAGAGGUCACGAUGCCCUCACUCACUGAUGACACGACCUUUGGUUAUAGAUUUGGUUACAUCAUCACCUGUUAUCAAUCAUCUUUCCUCUUCUCAUCCUGGUUCAGAGCCCUCGUCUCUGCUCCUCUCUAGGUGCCGAAUUUUUUUUCAAGCAGUAACACCUGCAAUCACCAUCUUGGAAAAUGCCUCUAGGCUACUCCCUAUUGAAAAUUAAAAAUUUAAAUUUCUUAAAAGUGCUACAACUCACAGCCUUCCUAUAACAAAAUAUUCUCUGGGCUAUCUAGUAUAUACAGUGAGAUGGGGAAAAUGAUUCUUGAAGCCGGGAAUGGGACUGAACGAGACAGCAAUCAUAACUAUAAUUUGUAGAGUUGUUUGCUGAAUUUGAGGCUUCAUUUUCUAUGAAUCCUCCAGUUGUCUGUAAAGCUUUACUGACUUUCUGGAUGCUUCACCUGUAGGGUGGCAAAUUGUCACUCACUCCCUGCACCUCUGUGAAGGGACCAAGUUCUUACUCUGGUCCCUGGAAGGGCAAACAGAACUUCCACAGAACUUCCACUUGACAUCUGAUGUGACCCAUUAGCAUGGAGUAUUCUCAGCAAGAUAGCGUAAAGGAGACACCUGAGCAGUCCCAGAAAAAAAAAAAUCAAUCUGGAUGUACCAUUAGGUCAAUUUUUUCCCAGAAGUUAAUGUGACUAUAUAAUACUGCAAUAAGUGUGCAAUGUUGCCAGUGGAAUAAUUAUAUUAUGAUGUUUAACAAAAUAAAUAGGUUAUAGAAA